GUGGUGUGGUGCUCGUGCGGCAAUGAGCUGAUAUUUUAUUUUGCUAAUGAUUAAUAAGGGAGCAACUGAAGAAGCUACACUCAGUUCUUUUAACAAUUCAGGAAGCUUCUGUUAAACCACAAACUACUUCCUCUUCUCAGAAAAAAAGAAAGUGUUAAUCAUAUCACUACACUUCGGCUCUGGCUUGGUGACUCAUUAAUGUUGCUUCCAUGUUGAUUUAACUGGACAAAAACCUUCUAAAAUCAAGCAUGAACUGGAUAGCACCAGUGCUCCUGGUCGUCCUUCAGACAUUCUGCAAGUCAUGCCAAGCUCAGCAACAAAGCUCCUUGCGAUUUGUUGGCAUUGGAGAUUGGGGUGGUCUCCCCAUUCCUCCCUACUAUACACCUCAUGAGCAGUCGAUAGCUGAGGAACUGGGCAGACUGGCUGAAAAUGUAGGAUUGGACUUUGUUCUCAGUCUGGGAGAUCACUUCUACUUCCACGGAGUCAAGGACAUCGAUGAUAUCCGCUUCAAGGCUACAUUUGAGCAAGUCUUCUCUCACCCAGCUGUGCUUGAGGUACCGUGGUAUUUGGUGGCAGGAAAUCAUGAUCACUUGAGGAAUGUGUCUGCUCAGAUUGCCUACUCAAGCAGAUCAGAAAGAUGGCGUUACCCUGAGCUGUACUAUGAGCUGCGAUUUAAGGUUCCUCACAGUAACGUCUCCAUGACGGUCCUGAUGAUAGACACAGUGAUUCUGUGUGGGAACACUUAUGACGGACUACAGCCUCAAGGUCCAGAGGAAUCAGUUCUAUCAGAGCAGCAGUUUCAGUGGAUCGAGAAGAAGCUACAAAACACCAAGUCUGAGUAUGUUGUGGUGGCCGGUCAUUAUCCUGUGUGGUCCAUCGGUCACCACGGUCCUACGCGCUGUCUGGUGAAGAGGCUGAGACCACUUCUGAAGAAGUACAACGUAACUCUGUAUCUGAGCGGUCAUGACCACAAUUUACAGUUCAUCAUGGAGGAGGAUGGAAGUUCGUUCGUUGUGAGCGGCGCUGGGAAUUUUCUGGAGAGCUCCACGUCCCACAGCAGGAGCUUCCCUUCCUCCUGGCAGCUGUUUUCCAGCGCUGUUAAUCACACUUUAGGUGGUUUUGCAUAUUUUGAGGUGACGGAAAGCAAAAUGACGAUAAGUUACCAACAGUUAGAUGGGAAGUGUGUGUAUCAGACCUCUGUUCCUAAACGCAAUUUAUGACAGACCAGAAGACUUGAUAAGGAAAUGAUUCUCAGAACAAACUAAUGAAUGAACUAAGCACUAUAUAUUUUUAUUUCAUUGCAUUAUUCCACCUGAUCCAGUGAUUUUAGUCAAACCAUGUUUACUUCUUUGUCAUUAUUUUUGCUAAUUACUGUAUAUUGCAGUUCACAUGCUGCCUUGUAAAUUCUAUCUAAGCUGUGCUGGAUUAAAAAAUAUACAUAAAA